AUGUUCAGUCUGAGCUACUACUGUUGGUUGAUGGCGGAUGAGGAGCGCCGACAGGAGUUCGAAGAGGCGAAAAACUCAUUCAACUUACAGCUCAGUCCCGAUCAGAAGAGAGAGCAGGAAGCUGUCUCUAUCGCCAAGAUGGUGCCUCGGUGGACUGGGGAGAAUGGAACGCUCGAUAGUGGCGAGAAACUGAUACUUUUAGUAACGGAAUUCAACUCCGAAGACCAUCGGUGGUACAAUCUCGCCCGUGUUGGUGAAUUCGUUAUGAAGUUGCGAGACUAUGCUGAGAAAAAGAAGAACCUGCAAGAGGACAGCAACCUCAGGGAUAGCCAGCUGUACUACACCAUCGUGCAGAAGCUCCCCGGACCAGUGUUAGAGAUGACAGCAUACAUGGGGGAUAAGAGUGAGAAGAUGUUCAUAGAUGAAGGCUUCAAGGUCGUGCAUGGCUUAGAAGAGAGCUCAGGGCGGCCCUACUACGACUGUAUCCCGAUCAAUCCGGCCCAGAUCAUAUGGACAGCUGAUGCGGAGAAUGUCGGGCGUGUGACCACCAACUUGGAAAGGAAAGUGAUGAGAUGUGCGAUGGGGAGUCUCCCACUAAUUCAGCUGCACCAGAGCGGUGCUUUAGAUGGUGAUCAAGCAGGUGACGAGGCCCGCUAG